AACGUGUUUCCCGCCGCCAUUCAUAAACACGAGUUCCUCGAUUAGUCUGUCUUGAGUUUUGUCUGGUUAAAAUGGAAAGCGAUCUGAAACGGAUUGCUCGUUUAGAGUAUUUAAAACUUCGGCAGUGCAAGCAAACAGAGAAAACAGAGGCCGUAAAGGUGCGUUUUUGAACUAUAGAAAAAUGUGAAAUGAAAACUUUCGCGUCAUGUAAACUUUGAAGAUCCCUUUGAAGUCUAUCAUGUCACGAGAGUUACUCACUACCAUCAAAAAGUACGGUUGAUUAUUCUCCUAGUGUUGCUUACUCUGAGAAGAAAGUUCUGAGUAAUCAGCCAAAGCGGUAGCUCUGAUCUGCUUAUGGUAUUAAUUCCUGUGCUCAGAUUGAGUAUGAUAAUUGGGCUCCAGUUAAAAAUUAAGUUGUUAAACGCUUCCAGGAUGAUUGAUCACCAAAAACGAAAGUUGUAGCUGAGAAUCCCAAAUAUAAAAUAUGGGUAGGAGAGAGAAGGAACAAACCUGAGAACGAGGUUGCUUGCAUUUUAAAAACACAAUGUGGCAUCAGGAUUCGUGUUCCUGAUGUGCUGGCAAUUAACCUGACGAAUCAAUCAUCAAUAAAGUUAUACCAGAAAAUGACCAGUAGUUAUUGUUUGUUCUCUGUCUUCCAGAGUUGUUUUUCAGCCAACCAACAAAAUCUGAAAGAGUUGUUGUGGAAGAGGAAACAGAUACAAAUCAGUGAAAAACAACAAGUUGUUCCAUUUAUUUCACCAGCUGAACAACUUCCCUCAUCAAGAAAAGUAAGGCAAUAAUACUUAUAUUUUGAACUUUCACAGAGAGGGCUUUCUCUAAGAGUUCAAGUAACUGGGUAUAGGCAGUUAGUAGGCAGGGCACUGGGAUCAAUUCAGGUUUCUGGGAAACUGCCCACCUACCCCUCCCCUAAGCUAACAUUCACCCUUACUUCUCACUAAGGGGAAAAUGAUGGCUUAGGGGAGGGGUAGGUGGGCAGUUUUCCAGUAACCUAAAUUGACCCAGGCAUUGAACAGCUAGGAAGUUCUUUUCCUUUUGUUUUCAUGCUUAUUAUAGCCGUGUGCAAACCUCCAGACCCCAGCCUUUAGUGGCUGCCGUGGCCGAAUUUGCUGUAUAUUAUAAAGGGGUAGCUAUUUAGUCUAAAUCCAAUGAAUGUCGCUUGUUUUUGCAGUGCUCUGUUUACAGUGGAUUUGGACAUGGUACUCAACAUACAGUACUAAGGACACUAUACACAGUUCAGGCUUUACCUCAGUUUUUCACAUGGUCUCCACUUCAGCAGAACUACAUGGUAAAAUCCUUUUACAGAACCCUUUGUUACUACUAUUAUUAUUAUUAUUGUUGUUAUUUUUAUUGUUAUCUCUUCUGUCACGGUCUUUGCUGGUGUUCUUUUUGUGCAUCAGCCAGGCACAAACCAUGCACCUGGAGCAUCAGCCACCCAAGUCAAUUAUUCUGUUCAUACACUAAACGCCCUCCUGAGUAUUCAUGCAGAUCCCAGCACACAGAUCUUUUGGGUCUCUGUCACAGUAGCUUUCUCUGAUACUUUCUUGACGUUUUCUGUUUUCUACAAUCCGCAUCUUUACUGUGCCAAACACAGCAACAACCAUAGGGAUCACUUUGGUUAUUAUUAUUGUUAUUAUUAUUAUUAUUAUUAUUAUUAUUAUUAUUAUCUCCAGGUUGAGGAUGAGACAGUACUGCACAAUAUUCCAUACAUGGGAGAGGAGGUCCUUGAUCAAGAUGGUUCAUUCAUUGAGGAACUUAUUAAAAAUUAUGAAGGAAGAGUACACAACACACCAGAUCAUGGUAACAUACGAAAGCUUUCCUUCUCACUUCUCUUCUCUCCUUCUCUUUUCUCUUUCUAUUUCCAGUUAUUGGUGUUACUCCAAGGCUGUGCUCUAGCGUGGAGAUCCUAAACUCUCUAACUUACAAAUUCAUGGUGCUUGACACAACAAGUUAAAGGCAUUUGGUAUAAAGGUAACAGAAUUUUCUUAUUUUUCAGUGUUUGAUGAAGCAGCUCUCACUGAUGACCUGCUUGUAGAACUUGUUGAAGCAUUAAAGAAACACAAGGAGUCCAGUAAGAAAAAUAUUAAAGACAGUGAGACAACAAAAGACACAGAAAAGGCAGCCUCAGCGGAAGGUAAAAUAAAUGAAAGGCUAGUCGUCUUCAUAUCUAUUCUGAUCUCAGAUUAUCUUUGUCUUUAAUUUGUUAGCAUCGAAAUAUCAUCAUCAUCAUCAUCAUUAUCAAAGUUGCCAUCAUCUGUUCUCCAGUCUCAGCACCAUGUACACAGGUUGGCUUGGAGAACACUGUUCAACACUGUUAGUGUUGUUGUUGUGGUCAUAUUCUUACACUGUAGUUUUUUAACUGGUGCCUGUUAAAAAGGCCACCCAGUUUAUUAGGCCAUAAACCAUGACCAUUUAGGCAGUAAAAGUUACAUUUAUUUAUUUAAAUAUUUAUUUAUUUAUUACUAAAGGAAGUUCCUCAAAAGAUGAAGCAAAACCUGCAGAAGGAACUGAGAAGCAUGAACAUGAUGAGCUCUUUGAUGCCAUUGCAUCUCUGUUCCCUGAUAAAGGCUUGCUAGGGUCUGAGGUUUAUCGAAGGUAACACAUCAUGGAUCUCCAAAGAAAUAAAGUUAAAAAAUCAUCUUUCUAUAGAAGACAAGAUCACUCAACAUAUCAGGAUUUACAACAAACAGCCCAACUUUGGAUGAGAGGGUGGAGGGAGGGGUAAAGAUUGUUUUCUUUCCCAAAAUAAUUAUAGUACACCUGUGACAGCGUCUCAACAAUUUUUUUCACAGAUUGUAAUUUCUACCUCAAUAAAAGCUAUUAUUUUUGUUGCAGGUACAAGAAUGUACUGGAUCGUAAAAAUGGUGAACUGCCACCAGAAUGUACUCCAAAUAUUGACAGGUCAGUACAAAAAAAAGUGGAAACAGAAAAAAAAGUAAGGGAUCAACUAUUUGAUUAGAAAAAUUAUUUGGGUUAUGUUAGACGGUUAAGAUUAUUAAUAGUGAUUUUGUUUUUAUGUCAUUGUUUUUGUGUGUUAAUCUAGUCCCAAAGCACAGUCAGUUUCAAGGGAACAGACUCUUCACUCCUUUCACAUGCUGUUCUGUAGAAGAUGUUAUAAGUAUGACUGCUUCAUGCAUGGUAAGAUGUUGCAGUGUGCGUCAUUUAAUGAGAUUAUACAUGUACUGUACAUGUUUAUUAAUGUAACACAGUUAGUAAAAAAUAGCAAAGUACACAUGAAUGGAAUAGAAGAUCCAAGUCAGGGUGCCAGUGGUGGUCACUGGGCCCUAGGAGUUUACUUUUGCUUUCGGGCUACCAGGAAAUCUUAGUUUUUUAAUAGAAAUCUUAUGCUGGGCACCCUGGAUUUCACUGUUUCAGAGCACCAGGGUCCCUUCAAUUUUUCUUAGAACACAACCUUGUUUGUGGCCUUCUACUGCCUUCAAAAUUAUUGAAGGUGGAUCAUACUACGUCUACAUCCCUUCAGUUCUUUUAUAUUACCUAGCAGACCAACAUUCUACUGACUGAGCUAAUCAGAUGAUUUGUGGUGUCUAGAACAGUGACAUCAUCUGACUCAUUGUGCCCCAUAUUUUUUUUCCAGUCAGUUAACAUGCUUUCUCAUUUAUUCAGGUUGGCGAACACUUCCUACACAGAUAAAACGAAAGGUAUCUGUCUUAAACUCUUGAGCCUAAGUUUUUUUACAUCAAAUUCUAGCUUCUUGAAGCAUCAGCAACCGUAAAAACUGGACUUCCAACGUUAUUUACAACAACUAAUUCUAGCCAGUGUUGGCUUGUCCAUACAACCACCACAGGCAGCCCAAGCUCACUUUAAGAGGAAGAGUGUAAUGAACCUUUUAAUAAUAUUCUUUUUAUUCUCACAUGCAUUAAUGAGGCAAAAUAUGACUUUUGAAUGAAUAGGCAUCACAUUAUGAAAGACCACUAUAUUUGUAAUAAUACCAGCACUGUGCAUAAAUAAAGAAAAUUAUUAAGCGAAAGUAAAAUUAAUUCUUAGACCCUUUCGUAUAAUCUAAGUUUCGGUGACCUGUACGUGUGUACAUAAUCUUACUUGUAACAACUGCCGAAAGUAAACACAAAACUGCUGCAUUCAGUACAAUGAAUGGAUGAUGUUGUUUGUCUGAUUCUGUUAUUUUCUUUUAAAGCUUGAAGGUGCAAUUACUUAAAAUCUCUGUAACAGCAUUUUCUAAUGGACACCAAAGGAGGCUUUAGUUAAAUCCUUUGGAAUUUAGCUUUCUGUUGAUCAUAUGUAAUAUAUAUCAUGUUUAUUAUUGUUUAGAGUCCUGUUGACCUUCAAGAAACAAACCCAUGUGGUCCUGACUGCUAUAUGCAUGUAAAGGUACAAAUUAUUUAUUCUUAUAACUUUCUUAUGAUACUUCCUUCAACCAGAGCUGCUCUGAGAUAGAGUGCGUUAGUUUGCAUCACUGAUAAUGCUAGAGAAUCAGUGUAAUCCAGUGGAGAGGCCCUGCCAGGGGAGGGGGCGGGCCAUGCCGCCCGUCUGAAUUUUAAAACGUCUUGUGUCGGUGCCCGUCUGAAUUUUAAAAGGUCUCGUAUUGGUGUUUAUAAAUGCUUGUCGCUUAUUGUCGGCUUUGCCAUUACUGCCGCAAUUUGGCCGAGGGAGGUUGUCUCUUGUGGCGAUUUCAUUUUACUCGCUGUCGCUACUUCUUGGGCCAUGUCGCUUGUCGGAAUUUACCCUGGCAGGGCCUCAGUGGAGUCAUGCAACAUUUGGGUCCUGGAAACUAUACUUUUACUGUCCUCUUGGAAGAUUAUUGGGGCUCUUUACGUUUGUCUGGCAGAAUUUACAUGAGGGAGACGGUGAUGAGAAGGCAUCUGAAGCAGUCAGCACCAGACGAAGGAGUCGAGCAAGCAGUAGAGAUAUUAAAGGAAAAGGAAUCAGUACUAAAGGAUCCAGUUUCCCUAGUCCUGAUCACAUUACUGUAAGCAAAAUUUCUUAUGUUCCACUCUUUCUUAGAAUCACACUGUCCAGUGAGGUACCAGUUUAGGACUGGGUACCUUGCUACCUGUAGUGUAUCUCGGGUCUUUCAAUUUGCAUUGGUCUAUGUAAAAAUCUAGGCACGGUUUUUCAAAAGAAACAUCCGAGGAGGAGUCAGGGUGGCCUAGUGGUUAGGGUGCUGGAAUUGUUGUCUCAAUUCCUACUCUAACCUUUAGCUGGAUUGUUUCUCGAUAGUCCCGAGUUCAACUCCUUGGUCACCCUUGUAAAUAGCCAACUGGUUUGCCUCUGGCCAGUUGGGAUUCUUACCCUUCUGGGUUACAAUGAAAACUGCUAGUUUACCAGUAAUUGCAUUACCCCACCUGUGAAGUUAGUUUUUUGAAUAUUGCAUUUUAUGAAAAACUGAAUAAAAAUAGUAGCAUUUGCAUAGUACAGUGCCACUGUUUAACUGUCACAAAGAUUUGAGUCCAGGUCUACCGAUAACACUGACAACAUGUAUCUAUCAUUACCUUUCUUCUUCAUCAUAUGUUUCCAUGUGUUUUUAUCGAAGGCUGGAGGAAGCAGUCCAGAACAUUCACCGGUGUCUUCUGAGUGGACUGGAGCGGAAGCAUCACUGUUUCGUGUUUUGAGGCCAAUCUACUGUAACAAUUACUGCAGUAUUGCUAACUUAAUUCGCUCCAAGACCUGUAAAGAGGUAAAAUUAUUUCAGUGAUGAAGGCAUUCCUCAGGCCAUACCCCAGAUUGAACAGGAAACAAGUAACUUGCCUCACACACCUUAAUUUUGCUUUGUAUAAAAAAAAUUUAAAGUGUGAUGAAAAUUUUUUAUGAUAAAAAGACAUUCAUACUAUUGGGUGUGUUUUUAAAGCUUGAACUUGUGGCUUGUAAGGUCCCCACCUAUGCUAUCCCAAAAUGUUGCGAACUCAUAGUUCUGCACUCUUCCAGUGCCUGGGAAAUCUUAGUUUUCAUAAAUAUCAUAUUUUGGGCACCCUCUAUUUCACAGAUUCAGAGCACUGGGCUCCCUACAAUUUUCUUAAAGUACAACAUAAUCUCAGACGACUUCAUAUGUCCCUGAAGAGCUGCCUAGAAGGUGACCAUAUCGACUUAUUUGAUUCUGAGUAAUUCACUCUUUAGGUGUAUCUCAGGGCAUGUCAGGAAUCACAUGAACCUUUACCAACAGCAGAUGAUCAGAACACACCACCAAGAAAAAAGAAAAGAAAGCACAGGUCUCUAGUUACCUUUUACUGAAAUAUUAUCCUUUUUGCCUUUAAGUCUUCAACCUUUUACUCCUAAUAGCUGCUAAAUAAAAAACGUUUGGAAAAAAAAAAUUUCAUUUUGUAAAAUUUUAUGAAAUAACUAGUUUUGCCAAAGGGGUUUAGUUGGGUACUGUCGCCAAUAAUUUUUUGUAAAAACAAUGGGUGCGCUAUGCAAGAUAUACUUAAUUUAUUGCUGGGUCUUAUGUUGAAUGCUUUUUUUCUUUACUUUCUUCCCUUUGAUUUCCAGAAUGUGGUCACUACAUUGCCGGAAGAUUCAGCUGAAAAAAGGUGCUGAUAUGGUUCAUUUUCUAAUAGUAAUUUGAUUGUCCCAUGGUUUUGAUGUGAUGAAUAUUGCAUCUUAGUUUGUAGAAAUAAAGUUAUAUUUUUAUUUGCUUUAUCAAUCAGUCCUUAAAAAACCUGAAAAUGGCAAUCGACACAAACAAUCAGCACGGUACAAUCAUUGAACUAACAGAAAGACAAUGAAUGACACCCCAGCUAGAAUACAAUCAAUUUAUGGCCAAAAUAUGACACUGGCUGAAACUAUGACAUAAGGCAGAUCAACUAUCCAGGGGCAAUUAACUAUUAAAAUUUUUAAAUGGAAUUUAGAAUACUCAUUACAGCUUAGACAAGUAGCUACCGACCCCUCCCCUAAGCCGGCAUUUUGCCCUAAGUGAGACGUAGGUGUUAAUGUUGACUUAGGGGAUGGGUAGGUGGGCAAUUAAUCCCAUUUUGCAUGUACAGGGUACAGUUGCAUCCUUGCGUUACUACGUGAUUGAAAUAGUUAGAAGACGCCUUGCCUGGAACCUUGUUCAUCAUGCAAAUGAGUAAGAGAAACAUUACUCGCCUAGUGCUCUGUCAUUCCUGCCUGACACAUCUUUUUUUUCUCAGAUUCUACUUCUACCCAUGUAUACAACUACAUUCCUUGUGAUCAUCCUGGCCAGCCAUGUGAUCAGUCAUGCAUCUGUGUUGCAACUCAGAACUUCUGUGAAAAAUUCUGUCAAUGUAGUAUGGACUGUAAGUUGAGUGAAAAAGUAUUUUUUGUGUCUUUUUUUUCCAGACCAUCUUUGUUCUCUCACCCAAAAUUCUGACUUGGAGCCAUGAAGUGGUGACAUCUCUACUGUCAAUAGUUUAAAAAAAAUAAAAAUAAAUAAAAUAAAUAAAUAAAUAAAUAAAAAUAAAAAAAAUAAAAAAAUAGUUAUUUUGUGCCUUGCUGCUGUCGCUUCAUGGCUCAAGCUUGUAUCAGAGGAGAGACUUCUGUAUUCAGGGUGUAGGGGGAAAGGUGGAGAACAGGUUGCACUAAAUUUUUGUAUACAUGCAAUAAGUUCACCCUAGUGCUCAGAUUUGAGAAAGUUACAAGUAAUAUACAAGUGGAAAACAGCCAUUUAUGCAAACGAUGAGCCUCCCAUCUGUGAGAAGAAGCAAUGCUCUUAGUAGCUGCUUCUUACCAUAGAAAUUAGAUUAAGUUCUGAAACAUGGCUUUUCCAACUAGUGGAUACUUCUAUGAUUCCCAAGGCUAUUCAAAAUUAAAAGAGCUCAAUCUUUAACAGUUUUUUAGAUAAUUCAGCUUAGUAUCUGUACUCCUUAUCUCGUGAAAAAAGCUUACUUGUCUUCUUCCAGUCAAAUGUAGCAACCACUUUAUACUGCAAUGAAUCAGUCAAGUAUCUCUUUAUCCGCCUUUGUCUCUAGGUCAAAACCGUUUCCCUGGAUGUCGUUGUAAAGCACAGUGUAAUACAAAGCAGUGCCCAUGCUUCCUAGCGGUCAGAGAGUGUGACCCAGACCUCUGUCAGACUUGUGGAUCUGGUAAGUGAAAAAAUAAUCUCGCAGCCUUUCUAGUAUCAUUCAGUCUCAAGCAGUGUAUGUUCACAUAGUAUUCUAGGGUUCACACUGGUCAUGGAAAUCUGAGAUUGUCAUGAAAUUUAUUAGAAUAGAGGUAUAGAAAUUCUGGAGAGAUGCUGUUAAGUAUUGGAGGUAGAUCUUUGCUUCAACAAAAUUAACAUUAUAAAAAGAAACUUUCAAAACUAAGGUUUCCCUUCCCAUGGAAUCCACAAGGAUAGGUUAAAGUUUUUUCCAUGCAUAAAUCCUGCACAGUUCGGUUACAGACAUGUGUAGGUGAAAAUACAAGUGGGUCAUUCUAGGGUACUGUCAAAACAGUGUACUUGGGGUGGUCAAAGUUGGUAAGUGAUCCUUUUUUUAAUUUUUUCUUCAUUAGAUAGCUUUGAUGGAAAAUGUUGUAGAAAUGUUGGACUUCAACGUGGUCAGCGAAAGGUAAACUUUGUGUUUUCUUGUUAAUGUGGUUAGAGCUUAGAUUUAUCUAAGAGCUGGUUUCUCUCUUUAAUUGUGACUAGUCUGGAAAUCCCCCUUCUUGCAUUAAAGCCUUGUGUACAACUACUGUACUGGUCAUAGGAACUGUGCACUCUAAACAGCAUUGAACUGUUUGCCUGAAUAACCCAGUUAUUUUCCACCUAGAGCUUCCCAAUCUUUCGACUGCAUUCUUUUUUCAAUACUGUAUCACUGCUGACGCUUCAAUCCCUAAAACCUGUAACAUUCAAUUUGACUCUUUGAUAUGGUCUUGUGUCCACAUCAUUCAUGACGAAAUGUAAUCAAAGAAAGACUAUCGUCAACUCGUGGGUACGUUGUUUAGAAAGUAAUCAAUUAGUUAUCACCUCUGGUUUUCCCACAGUGAAUUUUAGGAAAUGAUAGAAAUUCAUAUUAUAAAUAUACUAUCCUUGUUCUGGAAACACAAUACCUUUCUUGCUGUUUAUUGCACUUUAGUAACAGAUAUUUAAGUAUAUAUUUAAAAACAAAACAAAAAAAAAACAGCAAAACAAAAUAAGCAAACAAGACAAAACAAAAAAGAAAAAAAAAAGGAAGAAGGGAAAAAGAAGGUCUUAGCAUGAUUUGAACCCGGUACCUUCGGUUUGACCCGGUUUCACACAGCCACUGCGCCAUUGAGGAUGGUCACGUGAUUUAGCGAAAAGUCUCAGAUUUAAUGCCUUUUCCAUGGAACUUCCGCCGGCAAACGAUCGAGCCAUAAAAACGACUCGAAGCAAUGGGAUGAAAUAAAGGCUAAUUGAAACCAGGCUACUGACAGUAAAAAACAAUAAAAAUGUAAACGCAUUUCAUGGCAAUGAAUGGAAAGAACAUAUAUAUGCGAUACAAAGCCGACACAACUCCUCCGCGAAGUAGGACGCAAAACAUUAGCCUAUGUUUCCUUAUCUCGAAGAAGAAGAAGAAGAAGAAGAAGUGCCUUUCUUUACCAUACAUUUCACCAGUCCGUAUUUUAUAGUCCGUAUUUUAUACCCAGACCGCAGUCCGUAGUCCGUGUUUUAUACUGACCGCCAAAAAUUCAUUCAUACACAUAACCUACUACAUUACUACAAGGUAGGAGAUCAAGCCAGCGUCGAAGUUGAAGGAGUCGAAGAGCAAAUGUUCAUCUUCUUGUCAAGUUUAUCGCCUGGACGGGUCAAAGGCUUUUGAACCGUACAAAUUUGAAAGAUUCCUGCCUGUCUUAAAUUUGGUAAGACCUCCAUCCUAACCGUGCUGUAGCGCACGAUGCACGCUCGCAGCGAGGAAUUUGAUGCUACCGAACUUCGGCGAGCGCGUGCUUCUUUGGAAACGAUAGAUCUUCGCGCUCUCGAGUUCGGACCCGAUUAAUUACGAAGUGCGUCUACUACGAGUGAGUGAGUGACUCAUUUGCAUAUCUCAGUCCCUGCAAUAACUCGUGGUACGCUCGCGCGUACCCACGAGUUAAUAAUUACAUUUUGUUAAUAGUCUGUGAAGUUUGUAAAUAACCCCAUGUUUCAAUAGGCCAUUUGCAGAAUGGCGUCAUUUCACUACUACUACCAGAAUCCUUAAUGGUUUUGCUUUUUUUGCGAAGUAAGGCUUUUGUUAUUUGAACCUCACUAGGUUUACCAUAUUUAAAUAUGAAAUAAAAAAUGAAAUGAAUUCUGGUCUUAGUAGUAAAAAGACGUCAUCGUGCAAAUAGCCUAUUGAGUGGAUUACAAUGGUUUUGAUUGGGAAAAGGUCUCCACUGCUGUUUCAUUAACCAAUCAGAAAUAAAAGUAAUCAUGUGUUGGACACAUGCAUUUCCCCACGAUUAGCAUCUGCUGCAUCAGUGUUUUUUUACCUUGGAUGAUCUGCUUGUCCCUAUGAAAAGGCGAGGAUUCUUUUCCCUGUUUGGUUUUUGGUCAACCACAUUGGAAUGUAAAAAUUCAGUGAUGCGAUGGUGUUCUUUGCUUCUGUUCAUUCAGCAUCUUCUUCUGGCACCCUCUGAUGUUGCCGGCUGGGGAAUUUACAUCAAGGAAUCUUGUAAAAAGAACGAGUUCAUUGGAGAAUACUGCGGAGAGGUAAGAACAGUAACCGACAACCACUUAGUUUUGGUAAAGCUAUAAUAAAUUAGUAUAGGUAAUAGCAUGAUUUGUAGUGAUAUUUGGCAUAAAUACCACGAUUGAUAUUUCGAAAUUGUUAUACGAAAUUUCACGAGCCGUUAGGCGAGUGAAAUUUGAGACAAUUUUGAAAUAUCACGAGUGGUAUUUAUGCCAAAUAUCACGGGCAAAUCAUGCUAUUAUUUGUUUAUACUACUACCCACACAAGGUUUGUAAUUUUCACAUGUAGGUAUUUCAAAUUAAGCUGAAAUACCACUGCUCUAAGCCAAUCAAAUUGCAGAAAUUUCUCAUGUUGUAGUAUAACAUACAGAAAGGGCAGCUUAAAUUUCAGAAACCUUAAUAAGUGGACCAUUAUUUGUCUUUAUUUGUUUGUUUGUUUGUUUUUUAUGCAGAUAAUUUCCCAGGAUGAGGCUGACCGUAGGGGGAAGGUUUAUGACAAGUACAUGUGCAGUUUCUUAUUUAACCUUAACAAUGGUAAGAAGACAAACUAACAAUGAGAUAAUUAGUUACAGUUGAACCUCUCACAACGGCCACCUUUGGAACAGAAGAGAGUGGCCUUUUUAGAGAGGUUUAAACAAGAGUCGAUGUAUCGACUGUCCCCCCAAAAAAGUGGCCAUUUGAGAGAGGUGGCCGUUAGUGUAGGUUCAACUGUCUUCAAAACAGAUUAAAAUGUAACUGAUGGCAGGAGUCAAAGAAUGGGCAAUCAUUUUAAAAUUUAACAUGAAGUCAUGACAAUCACUGGAAAGUGGCUUAUUCUGAUUGGUUUGUGAGAGAGCGUGUCUUCUGUGAUUGGUUAAUGCACAUCCUAUGACAUCAGUAAAAUUAAUGUACAACUAGUGGCUAGCGCGGGAAAAUGACUCAUUUUGAUUGGUUAAUAAAAACGUGUUUCCAAAUUGAUUGGUUACUUCAAAUGCUCAGGACAAGGCAAGCAAAAUUAAUAUUAUAACUUCAACAUUCAAUCAAUGGAAUUAAUUGUUUACAUGAACUUAAAAACAAACUUAGACGAUGUUUUAAGAUAAAAGUUUAAAUUUCAAUGAAAACUAAACAGAGUAACCAGUGUAAUGGACAUGAAUACAUGCGUAAAUGUGCUUAUCAUGAUUGCUCUUAAAUGCUGUUUCAUAUUCCGAAUGCCAUUUGAUGCUUUUUUUGUUUCAGACUUUGUUGUGGAUGCUACUCGGAAGGGAAACAAAAUAAGAUUUGCCAACCACUCUAUCAGUCCAAACUGUUAUGCCAAAGGUAGUUAAUGGAAAUAAAGGCACUUUUUUAUAGCAUUUGAAUCAGUGCCAGAUCUGUUAGCCUCUGUUCUCCCUGUAAACUCACUGCGCUCUUUCUUGAACAAGUUUUAGAAGUCUAUAGGGCAUCUGUUAUAAGUAGUUGUGUUCAAUUACAGCCGUAUCAAUAUCUUUGGCUGCUAUUCUUAGAUCUCAAACUUUCAUUUUCUCUAGAGUCUUCUAUUAUUUUAAAGUGGGUGCUCUGCGGAUUAUAGAAAGAAUUUAUUUUCUCUUCCCAGUGUUACUCACAUGUUUCCUCUUCGUUUCUUCACCACACUACACUUGUGGACUUGACUAUUUUUGUUAUCAUUCACGUCACACAUUAGUUAUAAAUCACAGUCUCAAUAUGGUGGCGUCCAAGGGUCAUGGUUCUUGUGCCCAAGCUCCAUCAUCCGCAAGGUUCAGGUGAAUAGUAGGACAAGAGUCUUUCCAAACAUGAUCAUGCCACUGUCUGGCGAGCAGAAACAAACUAUUACUGUCCACUGUGAACCUAAAUUAAUGUUAAGGUUUAUCUACAUUGCUGAAAACUAGAAGUUUGUGAACAUUUCUUGUUACAGUUAUGAUGGUGAAUGGAGAUCAUAGAAUCGGUAUUUUUGCCAAGCGUGACGUUGAAGCUGGAGAGGAACUGUUCUUUGAUUAUAGGUAAGCAAAACUAUGAACUGACUCGCUUAAAACAGCACUUUCUACUUCAUCAUUAAAGCAUAUACUGUGGAAACUAUAUUGCACCUGUCAUGUUUAAGCCUUUAAUCCCUAAUGUCAACAUACAAAUUCUCUAGACUGCGAUCAUCUGCUUACAUUUCAUUUAAGAAUUAAUUGAGAGAAUUGUAUACAAGAUCAAAGCCUUUUUUCUUUGGUGAUUAUUCUAUGAAUUCUCAUUACUUUUCCCCUUGAUAUGUAGUGAUAUUUUUAGGAAAAAAUUUAUGUUGGACACUCUGGGGCUAAAGGGCUACCAUAUUUAACACAAACUAAAACCCUCAUGAAUGUUCAGUUAUGAGGAAUGUUCCCUCAUUUUCUUAUUUAAACACUCCUUUUCUCUUUAUUUACAGAUAUAGUGCCACAGAUGCUCUUAAAUUUGUUGGGAUUGAACGGGAUGUUGACUUUGCCUUACGAUAGACAUCAUUAUUUUGCUAACGACGUGUGACACAUUCCGCUUCAGGGGCACCCAACGCCAAUUUUCGGGAAAAUAUCUGUUCGGAAGACGAUUUGAGAUCUAGAAUUUUUGGAGCAUUUGUUGUAAAAUUUCUUGCUUGCCUGCCUCUCCUAGGAUUUUCGAACAUCUACAAAAUGGUAUAAUUACCCAUUUUUAACGGAUUUUGACCCUAAAAAAGGCCACCUAGAAUUUUCGGGAGCCUUUUCCUGGCUGAA